UGAGGGUGUGGGAAAGAGGCGGGACUCCUUUCUUUCCUAUCUGAAAGCUGCACUCUGAGUCGUCACUCAGCCCUCCCCUCCCUGGAGACUGCGGAAGUGUCAAGUUCGUAUUAACACAACUCCCUGUUGUCAACAGCAUAGUAGAAGAAGCAACUGGCUUUUGUGUUAAACUGAGAAGAGUAUGAUCAAAAUCUGUUGUCUUCUUAACACAAGGCUCUGAGAUAGAAACUUCUUCCUUGCGUCAUCAAACAAACACCACUUUUGGCUUCUCACCUUGGACUUUUGAGUCCAAGGAUCUGCUCUUUGCUUGCCAGAGCAUACCAUGGCCAAGAAAGUUGCAGUGAUUGGAGCUGGUGUGAGUGGCCUGUCAUCUAUCAAGUGCUGCUUGGAUGAGGGCCUGGAACCCACCUGCUUUGAGAGAAGUAGUGACUUCGGGGGACUGUGGAAGUUUGCUGAAAAUUCCAAGGAUGGGAUGACCAGGGUCUACAAGUCACUAGUGACAAAUGUCUGCAAGGAAAUGUCAUGUUACAGUGACUUCCCAUACCAAGAAGAUUACCCCAAUUUCAUGGACCAUGAGAAAUUCUGGAACUAUCUUAGAGAAUUUGCUGAGCACUUUGGCCUCCUGAAAUAUAUUCAGUUUAAGACUACUGUGUGCAGUGUAACAAAAUGCCCAGACUUCUCUGAAACUGGCCAGUGGAAUGUUGUCACAGAGACAGAGGGCAAACAGGCCAGAGCUGUAUUUGAUGCUGUCAUGGUUUGUACCGGGCAAUUCCUGAGCCCCCAUUUACCUCUGGAGUCCUUCCCUGGAAUCCAUAAGUUUAAAGGGCAGAUCCUACACAGCCAGGAGUACAGGAUUCCAGAUUCCUUUCAGGGCAAGCGCAUCUUGGUGGUUGGUCUUGGGAACACCGGAGGAGACAUCGCAGUGGAGCUUAGUAGAACAGCAGCUCAGGUGUUUCUCAGCACUAGAACUGGUGCCUGGGUUAUAAGGCGCUCUUCAGGGGGUGGCUACCCUUUCAAUAUGAUGGUAACAAGAAGAUGGUAUAAUGUGAUUAUACAAGUUCUGCCUUCGUGUUUUAUAAACUUUGAUAAACAGCUGCAACUUAAUCAUGAGAAUUAUGGAUUAAGAAUUGCAAAAGGGAAAAAACCAAACUUUAUUGUGAAUGAUGAGCUACCAACCUGCAUCCUCUGCGGGAAAGUCACUAUGAAAACCAGCAUAAAGGAUUUUACAGAAUCCUCUAUCAUCUUUGAAGAUGGGACAAUAGAAGCCAACAUUGAUGUAGUGAUCUUCACUACAGGAUAUGAAUUUUCUUUUCCUUUCUUUGAAGAACCUCUCAAAAGCCUUUGUACAAAAAAGAUCAUGCUAUACAAGCGCGUCUUUCCCCCAAAUUUGGAGAGACCAACAUUAGCCAUCAUUGGCCUGAUCAGCCUCACAGGAUCUAUCUUAGCAGGCACAGAGCUCCAAGCACGAUGGGCUACAAGAGUAUUCAAAGGACUCUGUAACAUACCUCCACCCCAGAAACUGAUGGCCGAAGGCACUAAAAAGGAGCAGCUCAUUAAAAGGGGUGUGAUUAAAGACACCAGUGAAGACAAACUUGACUUCAUUUCCUACAUGGAUGAGAUCGCUCAGUGCAUAGGCUCAAAACCCAAUAUCCCACUUCUGCUCAUCAAGGAUCCAAGACUAGCUUGGGAAGUUUUUUUUGGACCAUGUUCCCCUUACCAAUACCGCCUAACAGGCCCUGGAAAAUGGGAUGGAGCCAGAAAUGCCAUCCUGACCCAGUGGGACAGGACCAUAAAACCAAUGAAAACCCGAAUUGUUCCUAAGUCCCCUGAGCCGACCUCCCUGUUACGUUACUUAAAAGUUUGGGGGGCACCUCUUCUACUUGCCUCUCUUAUACUUACCUAUAAAUCAUCACUUAUUCUUAAACUGGUGCAAGACAAACUGCAAGGAAGGGUUUUCCCUAACCGUGUGCUGUGGUUCAUCCCCCAGAGUCCGUGAGUUGAUCUCCAGUGUGACAAUGGAGGGAGUACCCAGGGCACCCUCGGUGCUGCUCUCAAAUACUGCAUCAGUCCAUAGGGUGGGUUGUCAUAAAGCAAGGCCCCCUCUUGUUUCAUCACUUUUUUUGUGCAUGUAUUUGCCCUUCAACCUUUCUACCAUGUAAGGACCACAGUACACAUCUCUCACCAGAAGCUGCCACUAUGUCCUUGAACCCUCCCACCCCCAGAGCCAUGAACAAAAUAAACUUCUUUUACUUUA